AUGGCGACAAUGGCAGACAAGUCGGAAGAGCGUUCAGCUCCAGAGCAGCUUGACAUCGAGAUCAUUCCAGGUACCGAAGUCAUGAAAGACUUUGGGAACAUCCAUUUCGCGCAUGCUGGUGGUGCCGACACAGGCUCAGUCCUCGUUCCGCAACCUUCGAAUAACGCCAACGAUCCAUUGAAUUGGAGUACGACGUGGAAGCUCAUUGUUGCGACUUCGCAACUACUCUACGUCUGGGUACUGGUCUGCACCGCCCUCUCUCUGGCGCCAUUGUUUCCUUUCCUGGGCCAGGAGUUCCACCUAGAUCAGCAACAACUCUCGCUACUUACCGGCCUCAACGUGAUCACCCUUGGGUUUGCCAAUGUCUUGAUCGUUCCGAUUUCCAACAUCUUUGGUCGUCGACCCACGGCCAUCUUCUUCGGCGUUCUGGUCGUCCUCACCAACAUUUGGCAGGCGCUUGCCUCGAGCCAUCAAAGUCUACUAGCAGCUCGCGCAUGUAAUGGUAUCGUUGCUGCAACCAGCGAAACGAUAAUGGUGCAGACGAUUGCGGAUAUGUUCUUCCUCCAUGAACGAGGUACAUGGAUGGCAGCGUACUUCACCUUCUAUUUCUCGGGAGCCUUCCUCGGACCCAUCAUGGCGGGUACCAUUGGCAGCCACCAUGGCUGGCGCAGCUUCUUCUGGCUAUCUACCGCACUCACCGCUUUCGUCACUCUUCUGCUUGUCUUCUGCUACCCAGAGACGAAGUAUCAUCGUUCGAGUCCGCGCACAUCCCAGCGACCGAAGGGCGACGAGGAUCAAUCAAAAGCGCAAGGAAGGGUCGUCGACUCGGAAGUGAACAGCAACGACGACGCAGUAUCUGGACAAUACAUCCGCAAGGGUCGUCCUGACAAGUCCCAAUUUGCACCCUUUACCAAACCAGACAGCCGAUGGAUGAGCUUCAUCAUUCGGGACAUCACCACGCCCAUCAUUGUCUUCUUCAACCCAAUCGUCUUCUGGUCCGCCCUCAUGCUCGCCGGCCCCGCCGACCUCCUCCUCCUCUUCAACCUCACCGAAUCCGGCCUCUUCAGCUCCCCCGCCUACAACUGGAGCCCCGAAGCAGUCGGCUACUCCAACUUCGCCUUCUUCGUCGGCGGCCUCAUUGGCCUCCUCACCUCCGGCCCCCUCUCCGACUACUGGGCCCGCCAAAUGACCUUCAAAAACAACGGAAUCCGCGAAGCCGAAAUGCGCCUCCCAGCUCUCUUGCCUUACUGCUGCUUCUUCAUCAUCUCCCACGUCGUCGGCGCCGUAGGCUAUCAACGGCACUGGCCCUGGCAAGCUAUCAUCGUCUGCGGAUUCGGAUUCUCGGGUUUAGCUGUGACUUCUAUCCCAUCGAUUGCGAUUGCUUAUGCGAUUGAUUGUUAUAAACCUAUUUCUGGAGAAAUUAUGGUUGUAGGAACGGUUUUGAAGAAUGUUUUGGGGUUUUGUUUGAGUUAUUGGGUUUUUGAUGUUAUGAUGAGGGAUGGGUGGACGACGGUUUUUAUGGUUCAGUUUGCGGUUUCUAUGCUGCCGGUUGUACUGACUGUUCCGCUUUAUUAUUAUGGGAAGAGGUUGAGGAGGUGGACGAAGGAUUCGGAGAUUCAUCGGAUGGAACUUAUGAUUUAG